GUGGGGCAGGUUCGCCGACUCCGAGGGAUAUUAUACCGCAGAAUGGCGACAGCUACCACCGGAGCGCCAACGUCCAACCGCCGGCCCGGUCCGAUUCCGGCCUUUGUCGCCCCAUCACGAGAAGACCGUGGAAAGGGCACCGGCUGCCGCCUCCACUUUCUCGCCUCCCGCCCCCCACCACGACCGCCCCCCUCUCCACCCCACGUCUAUAAAUACCCUUCUCUCUUCUCCUCACUCCUCUCCCGCAACCCGAGGACGGGGACCGGACCCCCUGUCGCCCCGCUCUUGCCGUUGAUGCGAUCCCACACCGCCGAAACCCCCACCUCUCGCCUCCUCCCGCCCCCGAUUCGGUUCUUGAAUCGUGAUAGCCUCGAGUGCCGCCUCCCGGAGGUUUUCCGAUCGAUUGUCUCGGUGAAUCUGUGGGCGUCGCCUUCAAGAUAGUUUCCGGAGAGCGUGGCCGCCUCGGAUUCUUUUCCUUCUUCAGCCAGAGGAGCCAUGGCGAUGCUAGGGAUGGCCGUUGAAGAGGGCUCCGCAGCGAAGCGGUUCUGGAUCAGGUCCCGGAAGGAGGCGGUGUUCGCGCAGUACACCCCGUUCGUGGUGUGCCUGACGGCGGGGACACUGGAGACGGAGGCCUUCCGCAACUACAUUGCUCAGGACGUGCACUUCCUCAAAACUUAUGCUCAAGCGUACGAGAUGGCAGAAGAAUGUGCUGAUGAUGAUGAUGCGAAGGCUGCAAUAACUGAUCUGAGAAAAGCUGUUUUGGAGCGACUGAAAAUGCAUAAUUCAUUUGUCCAAGACUCAGUUAUGCAGGAAUGGGGAAUAGAUCCCACCAAAGAGAUCGUUCCUAUCCCUGCAACAGUGAAAUAUACCGACUUCCUGCUUGCAACAACUCUUGGAAAAGUUGAAGGAGGGAAAGGUCCCGGGAAAAUUGUCACUCCUUUUGAGGAGACAAAAAUUGCUGCUUAUAUUGUAGGUGCUAUGACUCCUUGCAUGAGGCUUUGUGCAUUCUUGGCAAAAGAGCUCCAGGUGUGUCUGCAACAUGAUGCAAAUGGUCAUCCCUACAAGAAGUGGAUUGAAAACUAUUCCUCUGAAAGUUUAGAGGUUGCUGCUGUGCAAAUAGAAGAUUUGCUUGACAAAUUGAGUGUUCCAUUGACUGGCGAGGAGCUUGAAGUCAUAGAAAAGCUUUACCACCAGGCUAUGAAGCUUGAAAUUGAUUUUUUUUCUGUUCAGCCAAUUGGCCAACCAGCUGUAGUUCCUUUGACAAAUGAUCCAGCAAAUCACCUUGUCAUCUUUUCUGACUUUGAUUUGACAUGCACUGUAGUUGAUUCGUCUGCCAUUUUAGCAGAAAUUGCAAUAUUAACUGCAGCAAAGACUGAUCAUAGUGGGACUGACAAUUUGAAUGCUCGGUCUUUUUCAGAAAUGAGAAACUCUUGGGAUUCUCUUUCUAGACAGUACACAGGGGAAUAUGAGCAGUGCAUAGAAAGCUUACUUCCAAAAGAAGAAGCUAAAACAUUUGAUUAUGAAGGCCUUUGCAAAAGUCUGGGCCUGCUCUCUGAUUUUGAGAAACAAGCUAAUUCCAGGGUUAUUGAGUCUGGGGUUCUAAAGGGAACGAGUUUAGAUGACAUAAAAAGAGCCGGGGAACAUUUGAUCCUCCAAGAUGGUUGUACAGAUUUUUUUCAGAAUGUUGUAAAGAAAAAGGAAAAACUGAAUAUGGAUCUCCAUGUACUUUCAUAUUGUUGGUGUGCAGAUCUAUUAAGAUCAGCCUUUUCAUCAGGUUGCCUGAAUUAUUUGAACAUUCACACAAAUGAGUUCAACUAUCAAGAAUCUAUUUCAACGGGUGAAAUUGUUAGGAAGAUGGAAUCACCCAUGGACAAGGUUGAAGCAUUCAAAAGUAUCUUAAGCAACCUUGGAAGCAAUGGCAAGCACUUAUCUGUGUACAUAGGAGAUUCAGUUGGCGACUUGCUUUGCUUAUUGGAAGCAGAUGUUGGCAUUGUGAUUGGAUCAAGCACUAGCUUAAGGAGAGUUGGCAAGCAGUUUGGUGUUUCUUUCAUUCCACUCUUCCCUGGUUUGGUCAAUAAGCAAAGACAAAUUAAUGGAAAAGACUCAUGCAUCUGGAAGGGGUUGUCUGGCGUUCUUUAUACAACAUCUAGCUGGUCAGAGAUAGAAGCUUUUAUUUUGGGGACAUAAUUCUUUUCAUGUCGUUCCUUAUUCUUGUUACCUUGUUAUUUUCAAACAAGAGUUCAAGAAUUCAUGAUUCGAAGAUAUGUGUCCAAACUGUGGCUGAUUUUACAAUAGCCACAGGUCAAUUGUCUUUCCGUUGUUUUCCUUCAGGUUUGCCUUAAAAAUGGAAAUGCUGUAUUGGGCCAUGCAUUGCUUCGGCGCUAAGGCAAUUGUGACAUUCUAGGAGACAGAACAGAUGAUUAGUCAAGUAUGCAUGUACUUGUCUAUAAUUUUUGGGUUAUAAGAAAAUUGUUCUUGCCUAGGAACGGUAUUUAGAAUUAGAGAACAUUCAUUUCGAAGAUGUAUCAAUUUUAAGCCCUGGGAACUCUAAGGAAACUUCAGAAUGUAUAAGAGCCUCUUCUAGUCUAGUCAGGAUGUUGGAGGUGCUCAUUUGAGCCCUUUUGAGGUGUACACUUUAUAAAGCUAUUAUAACUGUAACCGCCCUCCUUUCAGCGACGAUGAGGCUUCAAGGGGUUGCUUCAUCCCUUCUUUUGUCCA